AUGAAUACAGAUAGCGGUGGGUGUGCUCGCAAACGUGCUGCCAUGUCUGUUACGUUAACAUCUGUGAAGAGAGUUCAAAGUUCUCCAAACCUAUUGGCUGCAGGGCAUGAUUCUCAGUCACCAGACCCAGCUUGGAGAUCUUACAAUGAUCGAAAUCAAGACACACUGAACGGAGAUGCUACAUAUUCCUCUCUUGCAGCAAAAGGUUUUAGAAGUGUUCGACCAAACCUACAAGAAAAAAAAUCACCAACUCAGAGCCAGAUCACAGUGAAUGGAAACUCUGGAGGUGCUGUGAGCCCCAUGAGUUACUACCAAAGGCCGUUUUCCCCUUCAGCCUACUCUCUGCCAGCCUCACUCAACUCAAGCAUGAUCAUGCAGCAUGGCAGAUCCCUUGAUUCCCCAGAGACAUAUUCGCAGCAUGCACAGUCUCUGGAUGGCACCACCAGCAGCUCAAUGCCGCUGUACAGAUCCUCAGAGGAAGAGAAGAGAGUGACGGUCAUCAAAGCCCCGCAUUACCCGGGCAUUGGGCCCGUGGAUGAAUCUGGAAUCCCCACAGCAAUUAGAACGACAGUUGACCGACCAAAGGACUGGUACAAGACAAUGUUUAAGCAGAUUCACAUGGUGCACAAGCCAGAUGAUGACACAGACAUGUAUAAUACUCCUUAUACAUAUAAUGCAGGUCUGUACAACCCACCCUAUAGUGCUCAGUCACACCCUGCUGCAAAGACCCAGACCUACAGACCUCUUUCCAAAAGCCACUCUGACAAUGGCACCGGUGCCUUUAAGGACACAUCCUCCCCGGUGCCUCCACAUGUUCCACCUCCAGUCCCACCGCUUCGACCAAGAGAUUGGUCUUCAACGGAAAAGCAUGACUGGGAUCCUCCAGACAGAAAAGUGGACACAAGAAAAUUUCGAUCUGAGCCAAGGAGUAUUUUUGAAUAUGAACCUGGGAAGUCAUCAAUUCUGCAGCAUGAAAGACCACCCCCUCCCCCAACAACACCUGUUCCAAGAGAACCCGGCCGGAAGCCUCUCUCUCUGUCACCCUACGGAGAAGUCACUGGUAGCCCCUCCCCGCCGCCCAGGAGUGGCAUCCCCGCGCCGAGCUGGCGCGCCCCGGCUGUCUCUCCCGUCCGGACUGAUCGCAUAAAUCCAGAUGACAUAGAUUUAGAAAAUGAGCCCUGGUAUAAAUUCUUUUCAGAACUGGAGUUUGGACGCCCGCCUCCUAAAAAGGCUCUGGACUAUGUGCAAGAUCAGUCUUCUGGUGUUCCCAAUGAGGCCUCCCUGUAUCAGUCCUCUAUAGACAGAAGCCUGGAAAGACCGAGUAGUUCUGCAAGCAUGGCCAGUGACUUUAGGAAGCGGAGGAAGAGUGAGCCUGCAGUGGGUCCGCCCAGGAGUUUGGGGGAUCAAAGUGUAAGCAGGACUAGCCCAGGCCGAGCAGACCUCCCAGGAUCAAGCACCACCCUUGCAAAGUCUUUCAUUAGUUCCUCCCCUUCUUCCCCAUCGAGAGCAAAAGGUGGGGAUGAUAGCAAAAUGUGUCAGUCCCUUUGCAGUUACUCAGGGCUCAACGGCAACCCUUCCAGUGAGUUAGAUUGCUGUAGCACUUAUAGACAGCAUUUGGACGUCCCCCGGGACUCACAGAGGGCCAUUACUUUCAAGAACGGCUGGCAAAUGGCCCGGCAAAAUGCAGAGAUCUGGAGCAGCACUGAAGAAACAGUUUCCCCCAAAAUCAAAUCCCGUAGCUGUGAUGAUCUCCUCAAUGACGACUGCGAUAGCUUACCUGACCCACAAACCAAGUCAGAAAGUAUGGGCUCCCUGUUAUGUGAAGAGGACUCCAAAGACAGCUGCCCCAUAACGUGGGCUUCCCCCUACAUCCAGGAGGUUCGCAGCAAUGGCAGAUCAAGGAUCAGACACAGGGCCCACAAUGCCCCAGGGUUCCUAAAAAUGUACAAGAAAAUGCACCACAUUAACCGCAAGGAUCUGAUGAAUUCAGAGGUGAUUUGCUCUGUAAAGUCGAGAAUACUGCAGUAUGAAAAAGAGCAGCGGCACAAGCGCCUGCUUCACGGGUGCAGCCAGUCCUCCACGGAGGAGGUGCCCAGGGACAUGGUCCCCACCCGCAUUUCUGAAUUUGAAAAGUUGAUUCAAAAGUCCAAAUCCAUGCCAAAUUUAGGAGAUGAAAUGCUAUCUCCCAUAACUCUAGAACCACAACAAAAUGGUUUAUGUCCCAAGAGGCGAUUUUCCAUUGAGUCUUUGCUGGAGGAGGAAAAUCAAAGCAGACAUCCUUCUCAGGUACAAAGAAGCUGCACGUCUAAAACCCUGGUGCCAAUUCAAAUUGAGGUCACCAGCGAAGAGCAACCGAGAACUCAUAUGGAAUUUUCCGACAGUGACCAAGAUGGAGUUGUGUCUGACCACAGUGACUACAUUCAUGUGGAAGGGUCAUCCUUUUGCAGUGAAAGUGAUUUUGAUCACUUUUCUUUCACAUCUUCUGAAAGCUUUUAUGGAUCCAGCCACCAUCACCACCACCAUCACCACCACCACCACCACCGGCACCUCAUCAGUUCCUGCAAAGGCAGAUGCCCUGCCUCCUACACUCGAUUUACCACGAUGUUGAAACAUGAAAGAGCAAAACAUGAAAAUCUUGAAGAGCCCAGAAGGCAAGAAAUGGACCCUGGCCUUUCCAAACUUGCAUUUCUAGUCAGUCCUGUGCCUUUCCGGAGGAAAAAAAAUUCAACUCCCAAAAAACAGACUGAAAAGGCAAAAUGUAAAACAUCUGUAUUUGAGGCCCUGGACUCUGCCCUCAAAGAUAUUUGUGACCAAAUUAAAGCUGAAAAGAGAAGGGGAAGUUUGCCAGACAACAGUAUAUUGCACCGUCUUAUCAGUGAACUGCUGCCAGAUAUUCCUGAAAGGCAUUCAUCCCUUAAUGCUGUAAAAAGGAGCCCCAUGCACCAGCCUUUCCACCCACUGCCUCAAGACGGUGCUAUUCAUUGCCCAUUGUACCAGAACGAAUGUGGGAGAAUGCCUCACAGUGCCUCCUCCCAGGACGUGGCCACAACCAACGACAACUACCACCACCAAGACCAUGAUAGUGCACUGACUCUCCAAGACCAUGAGUCCCCUAGAAGUUACUCAUCCACUUUGACUGACUUGGGGAGAAGCAUACCAAGGGAAAGAAGAGGAACUCCAGAAAAAGAGAAAUUGCCUGCAAAAGCUGUGUACGAUUUUAAGGCUCAGACAUCUAAGGAGCUGUCAUUUAAGAAAGGAGAUACUGUCUAUAUCCUCAGGAAAAUUGAUCAAAAUUGGUAUGAGGGAGAGCACUACGGAAGAGUGGGCAUUUUUCCCAUCUCAUACGUAGAGAAACUCAUCCCUCCUGAAAAAGCACAGCCUGCAAGACCACCUCCCCCAGCCCAGCCUGGAGAAAUCGGAGAAGCUAUAGCCAAAUAUAAUUUCAAUGCAGACACAAAUGUGGAGCUGUCACUGAGGAAGGGAGAUAGAGUUAUUCUUCUUAAAAGAGUUGAUCAAAACUGGUAUGAAGGUAAAAUUCCAGGAACCAACAGACAAGGCAUCUUCCCUGUUUCCUACGUAGAAGUCAUCAAGAAGAAUGCAAAAGGGGCUGAGGAUUACCCUGACCCUCCAAUGCCCCACAGCUAUUCCAGUGAUAGAAUUCACAGCUUAGGUUCAAAUAAGCCACAGCGUCCUGUGUUUACUCAUGAAAACAUUCAAGGUGGGGGGGAACCGUUUCAGGCUCUGUAUAACUAUACUCCUAGGAACGAAGAUGAGCUGGAGCUCAGAGAAAGUGAUGUCAUUGAUGUGAUGGAAAAGUGUGAUGAUGGAUGGUUUGUGGGAACCUCAAGAAGAACCAAGUUCUUUGGUACUUUUCCGGGAAACUAUGUCAAGAGGCUGUGAAUCACUCUCCCUCCUUAUUUAGGCCACAUUUCAGCAGCACAUCAGCAUAAACUUGCCUGAACCAUCCCCGCAGGCAUCCCAGUGUCAUGCCUUACGGUUUCCGAUAGCCAUCGCCAUCUCCACCUGCCACCAAACCACCAGCAGAGGAACUGCCACCGUGAGCCUUGGGAAGACACGGCAGACUUGCUUCCACAUGCAAGUGCAUAUCCCCGCUUUCUGCUCCAAACUUUGAAAUGUCAAUAUGUGGGAUCAGAAAGAAAAUUAUUAUACUUAAAAAGGGUAAAAUAUUUGAGGCAAAAACAGAAAGUGCCUCCAGGAGGCUCUCUGGUCUCAUGGUUGUAUUUCAACAUCUCUGAAAGAUGUUCUCCCCUCAGGCAACCAGAAGAUUGUUUAUUAUGAAAUGCUGUGGUUUGCAUUUUCACAUUCUUAGCUGAGCAGUCUAUUUUUCUUUCACGAGUUUGCCUAGUGUCCUGGUUUACACAAUAUGACAACUGUACUUCAGCUACUAUUUGCCUGCACUUAUGUGUCGUGAUAUGCACAGUGAUUACAAAAUCUACAGCGAGAGUAGGAAAGUUAAUUUGGAAGAAUGUGAUUUUGUUCAUUGAAUGUGAGUUUUCACAUAGGAGUCUUUUCCUACAAUUUCUUUGUACUUUUUAGAAGUGCAAACAGUGAGUGAGAGCUGUUGGUAAUAAUCAUAAGAAAACAAGAGGUUUAGCUAGUCUAUGGAAAAAAAACUAUUGUGUUGUAAAGUUGCAUUGCUAUUUUAUAUUAAAAUGUAAUAAUCAGCAUCAUGAACAAUGAGCUCUUAGUGUUUUAUUUAUCUGAUAAAAUUUAAAUAAAAACAGUGUUAGUGAGAGGUGCAAAGAAUUAUUCUAACAUAGACACUUGAAAGUAUCUGUAAGCAAUAUUCCUAGGUAGGAUUUCACUGUGUGUACGCAUACACAUUUGAGAUUAUAUAAGAAUAUAUAGUCCAUAUGAUAUGUUGUACAUUUUAUGGACAUGUAAAAGAAUCCCACACAUUAUUUUAUAGAAAUAGAGUACUUCAGAAGCAUCAUAAGUAUUAAGGCUGGUUUUAGCAAGGAUUAUGAUCAAUACAAUUAUUUUUACUAUGAUGAUUAUUUUUCUUCUAUGGAACUCAGAAUCCUGGCUACAUUUGAGGACAGGAAUAUGUUGAGCCUGAUUUUCCUGGUGUGUGUAAUAUAUUUCCUAGAAAUAAAUUAGGCACUUUUUAGUGAUGAUGUUAAAUCAUUCAGGUUAUAUUUUCUGCCCCGAAGCAGAAAUUUACAAAAUGAUAUUGGAGCCUGAAAGAUUUAAUAUGGUUAACAGUGCCUGAAUUACACAUACCCCAAGAACUAGCUUUGUAUUUCUUAUGACUUUGCAUAAGAACUAUUCAUCUUUGGAUCUUGAGCACCUUAUAGAAAAAACUUUUUAUGGCAUUUCUUCUGUGGACAGUGAUUGACCUUUUCACAAUGUACGUAGACGCUAGAAUUUUGUACAUAUGUUUGCUCUUUUUUUGUACAGACUAUUUAGUUGUUGAGAAAACAGGGGAAUUUCCUAAUUUGGUCUUUAUCCUGCACUUAAAUUAAGCUAAAACACUUUCACCAGAUUAUCCUUUACAAAUUUCAGAUAUCACAAGCACGCCUUGAUAGUGCGAUUCUGUAAGAUAGCACUUAUGCAAAAGUUUAUGAAUUAAAAGAUCUUAGCAGCCAAACUGAAAUGUACAUAAAUACUGACUACAGAAGAAUUUUAUUAGGAAGAAGGUACAGAAAAAUCUUUGAGUAGCCUACCUUGAUUACUGUUAAGUUCAGAACCAGCUUUAUAUUUUAAAGGCUUUGGGUUUGAAAUUAAGUCAACUGCAUGCAGCUUUACAGAUAAAAAAAAUAACUCUUUGAUGCCAUUUAUGAGAAAAAACUUCAAUAUCUGUUGCCUGUCAUAUUUACGAAAUAUUACUGUUUCUACUCUCUGUAUCUGAUUUUAAAAUUAAAAACAUUCAUACCCAG